GGAGGAGAGUACGGUGGAAAGCGAAACUCGCUCUAACUCCAGCCGCAGUGUGAGUCUUUACCUCGGAAAUAUCAGACCUGCUGUCUCUCUCUCUCUCUCUCUCUCUCUCUCUCCGUCUCUCUGCCUGUCUGUCUGUCUGUCUGUCUCUCUCAGAAUAUGGCGGCAGCUGAGUGACACACACACACACACACACACACUUUAACACACACACUGUCCUUUUCUGAAGGUGGGAUGAAUUUGGAGCGAAUAUCCGCAGACACCGCGAGACUCCCGCCAGCGCGCGACAUGACCUCCGCUUUUCACGCACACGUCGCGCGCGACACACUGGAGCCCACGAGCAGUGAGUCCUCGGAUACCGAGCCCGCAGAGAAGGAGCGGAUUGUGGAGCAGCGCACCGAGGACGGAAACCCAGAAGAUCCUAAAAAGAAGAAGCAGCGGCGGCAGCGGACACACUUCACGAGCCAGCAGCUGCAGGAGCUCGAGGCCACGUUUCAGCGGAACCGGUACCCGGACAUGAGCACGCGCGAGGAGAUCGCCGUGUGGACCAACCUGACAGAGGCACGAGUCCGGGUGUGGUUUAAGAACCGGCGGGCGAAGUGGCGGAAGCGCGAGCGGAAUCAGCAGAUGGACCUGUGUAAGAACGGCUACUUGCCCCAGUUCGGCGGUCUGGUGCAGCCCUAUGAGGACAUGUACCCCGCCUACGGGUACAACAACUGGACCAACAAGGGGCUCGCGCCCAAAAACUUCCCGUUCUUUAACUCCAUGAGCCCUUUGACGUCACAGCCCGUGCUCUCGUCCCCGAGCUCCAUUUCCUCCAUGAGCAUGAGCAUGAGCAUGGCCUCCAGCAUGAACAGCAUCAGCAACCUGAACGGCCUCGGCGGCUCCUCCAUCAAUUCCGCCAUGAGCUCCCCCGCGUGCCCGUACGGAGCCCCGCCCCCCGCGCCCUACGGGGUCUACCGGGACACGUGCAGCUCGGGCCUCGCGACCCUCAGACUCAAACCCAAGCAGCAUCCCGGGUUCGGAUACGGAGGAUCCGCGUGCCAGUACAACAGCUAACGGAUUAACGGAAAUGCAAAUUUUAGAAAAGCGACCAAAACUGGAUCCGCUGUUGUUGCAGAUGUUCUGUUUGUAUUAUUUGGACGGAUUUUUGCGUUCCGCCUGUUUACGUGAACUUGCACAAAGACUUAAUCAAAUCCACGCGCUUGGAUUUCAAAGUGAAGAUGUUACAUUGUAACUCUGUAAAUAGUUUAAUGUAUUUGAACAAAAAGAAAACUUUUUUUCGUUUAAUAAAAAAAAAAGCAAUUUUCUGGCCAUUUAAUUAGACUGCUUUAGUGGAGUGUAUAUGACCUCUGACCUGUCUCUCUCUCCGUUAUGUAGCUUUCUCUGCUUUUUAAAGCUCAUUCUGUUUUUUUAUUUUUUUUAUU